AUGUCUUUACAAACCGAUAACGAUUUUAGUAAAUUAUCUCUAGAAAAUGAUCAUGAUAACUUAAAUAUUGAUCCCGAAUUAAGAAAGACCAUUGAUAAAACUAUAUACGGUGGUGCAGAUCGUUCUUUCAAUAAUCAUGUUAAAACACCCUUAGCUGAUUUAAUCAUAUUAAAAAGGAAUAUCGAGGCAGAAUUAUUACGGUUUGAAGAGUUGCUAAAAAGCAAUUUUGAAGCCAAAAGCCAAUCCAAUCCCCAAGCUACUACAUCUAUCGCAAAUACCACGCUUAAUAAUUAUGAUAAUGCUAUCUUUCCCUCUAAAACAAACGAUUAUAUGAACGCCCCAUUGAUUAAUAGAGAUGGGUAUCCUCGGGAUGAUGUGGAUAUUUUCACAAUUAGAUUGCUCAGACAAAAUUGUAAUAUGUUGAAAAAUGAUUUAACACAUUUAAUUGAUUAUAUACAUGUAGAAAUGGGCAAGUACUGGGAGGGAGUGGACAAGAAUAAAGGCACCUCUAACAGCACCAUAACCAAUAACAACGACAAUGCCACCUUUGAUCCGAUCCAGGCCAGUCCAUUUUGUAAAAUUACUGGGGUUCUUAAAGGCAGUCCCAGUGAUCAAUGCGGUCUCCAAGACAAUGAUUUACUUUGCAGAAUCGGUGCUAUAGACACUUUAAAAUAUUACUCAAGCCAUGACAAGUUGCUUGGUGUAAGCAACUACGUUAAAGAGCAUAUCGAUCGGGAAAUACCCGUAAUGAUCAAAAGAAAGCAAAAUGGUGCGUUUAUCAAUCUCGAGUUAACAUUAAUUCCCAAUAGCAAUAAUUGGGAUGGCCCCGGCAUUUUAGGUUGUACACUUGUGAAAAUAUAA